AAUGGUUUGGAUGAAAGAGAAGUCAAAACUAAUAGAACUUCCUCAUGUAGAUAUUGUUAAAGUAAAAUCAAAAUUGAAAAUAUAUAUAUUCAUGUUAAAUGGUCAAUAUAUUGAAAUGGAAAAGAAAGUCUUACUUGAUGUUGAAUAUAAGGGAAAUGAGAAAGCAGCUUGUUUCUGGAUUCUAAGUGCUGGUAUUGUAGAUCUUGUUUUUGGUAUUGAUUUAGUUAAAGAAUCAGAGAAGAGAGGUUUAAUACUAAAGAGAAGUACUGGUGAAUUAAUUUAUGAAACUCCCAACCUUCAUUCAAGCUUAGAAAACAGAUGGGUAGUCAGCCCAAAUGAAGAAAGUACAAAUUAUCUAUUUGAGUUAAAGGAUAUCAAGAAAAGUGAUGGUGAUGAGUAUCAUGCUUAUAUUGUUGGUGAAAACACUACUAUAACUUGCAUUGUACCUGUUUUAGUUUAUGAUACCAAUCCUGUAUUUGAAAUUUUCCCCAAUGACACCAUUUAUGAAAAUGUCACAAUGAAUUUCACAUGUACAAUGGAAGUAACCGGUGCUUUAAGUGUACAGAUAUUAUAUUUGAAGAAUGGUGUACGGUUUCAUAUUUCCCAUCGUUCUUUUAUAAAAUAUCAUGAUAAACUGGUAGAUGUUGGCUAUAUUGUUGCAAAGCCAGACAUUGAUAAUUACAACUAUUCCUGUAGAGUAAGCUUGUUUUAUGAUAAUCAUAAAAAUAUUACUCUUGACAGCAAAAGGAAACCAUUGAGGAUCUUUUAUAGUGUCCGGGAUAUAAGAACAAUACCUGAACAAAAGCCUUACUCAGGCCCACUUAGAGUAGAUGUUGGAAAAUCAAUUGAAUGUGUAGCAUCCGGUAAUCCUUUACCCAAUUAUGAGUGGAGAAAAUUAAAUUCUACAAUGGUUGUAGCAAACAGUGCCAAUUUGGUUGUUGAAAAGAGUUGGGCUGGUAAAAAUAAUUUUUAUGAGUGUACAGCUAUGAACAAAAUUGAUGGAGUGACAGCUAAAAUUACCAAAACAGUUCAUUUCAUUGGUGGAGGAACAUUGAUAAAAUCAGAUGUUGCAAUGAUAUUUUUCAUAUCUAUUUUAAGUUUUAGCCUCAAUUUAGUAUAG